AUGGCAUUCACCGACCGAAUCACGACGUAUUGGGGCAUACUCGCCCUCGUCCUUCUAUCAUGGGUUUCGCUGGCCCAAGCGACUCCCGAUCCGAGGAUCCUUGAGCCUCGCCAGUUGAAGCAGACCCUCUGCUCUAGCCAAAAUACGGCCUCCAUGAGCGCAAAUCUCAGUAUUUGGCAGACGAACGGCCUGUGUACGGAUUUUUGCAGAACCAUGAAUUAUGCAUUUGCCAUCGUCCAGUACCAGUCUUGUUGGUGCUCAGAUGUUGCCCCGGCUUCAUCGACCGAGGCCGACGUCGAAGACAAAUGUAAUGACAUUUGCCCCGGCUACGACACCGAAAAGUGCGGUUCAAGGCCCAACUACUACGGCUACCUGCAGCUUGGAAAGACACCUACCAGCACUGCUGGCAGCGGUAGCGGCGGUGGCGGCGAUACCACCACGACUAAGGCUCCGGCGGCUACAACACAAACGUCGAGCAAGCCGAGAACGACAGUUCAGACUAUCACAGCCGACGGCACCGUUCGAACCGUUUUCGUGACGCCGACAGCCACGGGUACAGAAGGUGCGACCGGCGCUUCAGAGUUGACACCCGGGAGCCAGUCGUCAGGAAGUGGAAUCAGCACGGGUUCCGUUGUCGGGAUCGUGGUCGGCGUCAUUGUCGCCGUGGUGGCCUUCGCUGGCCUCUUCCUCUUCUGGUUCUUCAGACGUCGCAAGCAGCGCAAGGAAAGCGAAAAGUACGACGAACCCAGCCACCGUGGCAGCUCGGCUGGUAUGAACAGCUCGCCACGUCACCCGGAGAUGGUUGUCACUGUGGACGGUGGACGAUGGGACGCCGACUCGACCAGCGACCACCGACGCAGUCGCCUCAUGGCGCACGAUCCCCGCAUGGAACCCCUCGGCAGAGGCCUGUACGUGGCCAACAACAAGAGCGCCGAGAGCAUCAACACACUGCGCGACGACCAAGACUACUCCCGCAAAGUUCACAAACCCGUUCUGCGAGCGACCAAUCCGGAUCCUGAGUGA